GGCCGACAUCUUCAGUCUCUACAAUGAAACAAACAAGCGUCUGCAAGGCGUGGAGUCCAACAUUCUCCAAUGAUGCAUUUGUGCGCAAACUGGAGUACAGGGUCGGGAAAAUGGAGAGGGGGGAGCUGCAACAGUUUCCACUACUGCUGAAACAAUGCCAAAACAAUCCUGAAACGGUGCCUGUGUCUGUACGUCGCGAGUUCAUCCGCCAUAUGAACGCACUGCAAACGGAAAUGCAAUCACGGUUCGCUGACAUUGCCAAAGUUGAGGAUGUGGAAUACCUGGAUUGCGAAGAUGAGCUCACCGACAUCCAAGCUGACUCGCUGUCAAAUAAAUACUUCCAGGAAAAAGGAUUUAAAAAGUUUGGGAUUCUCAAAGGACCAAGCCUCGCUCCAAAGAUCACACUGCAUGCCACGACCAGGAUUAUACUCCCAUUCAGUACGACAUAUCUAUCAGAAACAGCCUUCAGCGCACUUGUUGCCAUCAAAACAAAAGCACGCAACACACUGGACGUUCACAACGACUUUAGACUGGCUGUCACUCACAUUACACCGGACAUUCCAUCCCUGGCUGCGGGCGUGCAAGCCCAAGGUUCACAUUAAUGAACCUACUUGAACCUCGUCUUCUCUCUGCUACCUGUUCCAUGGCAGACAAGCAUUUGAUUUACCUGCUUAAUAUGCCAGUUUUUCAUUUUUGUUUUAUACAGGCCUAUGCAACCAUAUUACCAUUUAUUUAUUAGACAUAGUCUAUUCUUUUGAAGUGUCCUGUUCUUCGACAUUUGAAAUAAAUAUGAUGCAUACAUUUGCAAGUUAGUAGCUAAUAAAAGCAUACAAAGACAGAAAUGUAUCAUUUUUUCUUUAAUAUAAAUGUUUCUUCUGCGCGUAAAGUGUCGGUUUCAGUUGUUGUCACAGUUGCUCCGAUCAGAUCGGUCUCCUCCAUUUUGUAGAUUAUUUACGAUUUUUGAAUCCAC